UUUUUGUUAUCCAUCUUAUUGCCAGUGCCCCCUGCUGGAGAGAAAGAGAAUGAACGUUAGGAAGAAUGCUGUCUCUCACUCAGAGCAUGGAUAGGUUACGAAUUUAAAGUGCUGGUUUUGUGCUGGACCAUCUUGGCUGUGAGUCCUGGAAGGCCUGCUCCCUGCAUUGGGAGGACAGAGCCCUGACUGACUCCAGCUACAAAAGCUGAGGCUGCUGAAGAGGCCACAGACCACCUUGACUGUCUCUUAGGCCAUUGAGCCUGAGCCGCCGUUGGCAGGACUGGCAGUGACAGCGGCAGGUGUAACCUUCUCGCGCCAUGGACUGUAACUGCGUCUCGGACCUGCUGCUCACCUCGCCGGUUCCUGCUCUCUGGACUCCAGGGUUCGCCUUCCCAGACUGGGCCUACAAGCCAGAGUCGAGCCCCGGCUCGCGCCAGAUCCAGCUGUGGCAUUUUAUCCUGGAGCUUCUGCAAAAAGAGGAAUACCAGAACGUCAUCGCCUGGCAAGGGGACUACGGCGAGUUUGUCAUCAAGGACCCGGACGAGGUGGCCAGGCUGUGGGGAAUCCGUAAAUGCAAGCCCCAUAUGAACUACGACAAGCUGAGCAGGGCCUUGAGGUACUAUUACAACAAACGGAUCUUGCACAAGACCAAGGGAAAACGCUUCACCUACAAGUUCAACUUCAGCAAAGUGGUCCUGGUGAACUAUCCUCUCUUGGACAUGGCUGCCAACUCCCCGUUUCUGCUGGCUCAGAACCCUUUCAAUGGGAGCAACCAUGGGGCAGAUUGUGCCCCUCUGACCCCUGAGACCCUGCAAAGCCUCUUCUCCAGCCCCCGUUUGGGGGACCCAGCCACCCGCACCCCACUCUUUGAACGCCAAACUGAGACAGAGAAGCUCAGACUGGAUGCAACCUUCCCUUUUCUGGGGUCAGGUGUUGCUGGAUAUACAAAGCCCCCCAGUUUGCUGACUCCAUAUGGCAGGAACGCUUCCUUCCCAGAUUACCCCUGGAAUUUUAACCCUUACCUGUCCAGCUCUUUCCCCCUGAACAGCUCCAAACUGCCCGCCUCCCUGUACUCCCCACACUUCUACCCCAACCCCCUGUCUGGGUCAUUAGCCCAGCUUCCAGCACCCAUUUCACUACUGCCGGGAGAUAGCACAGAGCGGGCUGCAGCCCUGGGGGGCGGCUCCGUCCCUCGCCUCUGUCUCCCUCCCCAUGGCAUGACCCUGCCCCUCCGCGGCGCUGGGAAUGCGGCUGGCGAGCGUGAGAAGGAGCUGCUGGGUCCCAGGGCCCAGAGCCCUUCAGGGGGGCGAGGGGCCAAAGAGGACCCUGCCUCCGAUUCCGAGUUGGAGAUCACAGAUCUAAGCGAAUGCAGCUCAGAGAACGAAGGCUGCGAUUUCAGCCCUGACAGCUUGGAGGCAAUAGAGAGCCAGGUGCAGAAUUACAAGCGGCUGCAGACAGAGCGGACGGCAGGGGCAACAGCCAGCAAGCCGGAAGGGGUAGCAGAGGCCAGCCUGGGCACUGCCAAGGAAGCAAAGAGUCUGCCAGGCAGCUGAACGCAAGCAUUAUUCGGAGCCCCAACUGCUGGUCCCUCUACAUCAGUAGCCAGAUUCUUAAAGAGUGUUUAAAACAAAGGAAAGAAAACAAAACCUGCCCCCAUUUGUUUGAUGUCUCUAUUUUUAUAGGAAAAUUUUAUUCAUUGAUUAUACUGAGUCUAAUUCCCCAAAGCACCCUCACUUUCUGCUCCCCGUUCCCUUCACCCUGGGCUGGAAUAUUCAUCCCUUCCCCUCUCAACCUCAUCAAUGGAGGGCCUUGUCUUCACAUUCCUGGGGAGGCCAGAUUGGAGCAAAAAGUCUUUCUGGAAGAAAGGGACGAGGGCUCAGGACAGGCAGAG